AUGUCUAGUAUCGCAAUCCAUACCUUACGUGAAUCGGAUCAAAGGCGCUGGACCUAUGGAUCCAAUUAUGUUGAUGGAGCCUUGAGAUUGUUCAGCGUGAGCAGUCUUCUUUCUUGCGGCGACGCCAGGAUCAGUCUUUCAGAAUGGAGAGAAGUGGACUGGAAUGAGAAGUCUGAGGCGUUUCCUAGCUACGUCGCGAUAUCACACUCUUGGACACCCUCUGCCGAGGUUACAAGAAUUUCACAAAAUGCGAACCGACAACUCGAUAUUGAGAUUGGCCAAGAUUCGCCGCAUACUAUCAGCUGGCAUGGCCUACAACAGGCAGCGCUUGCAGCCCAACAUCUGAAAUAUGAACUGCUAUGGCUAGAUUUCAUUUGCCUUAACCAAACAUCUGCAUCUGAUAAGAAGCUACAAGUCCAACAGAUGGGAUACUUGUACGAGAAAGCCGCUGCGGUUAUUAUUAUGCCUGGAGGCGUUUCAGCUGCACAAGCCAUCGAGCUUGAGGCUCCAUGGAUUACCCGAGCCUGGACCCUUCAAGGGGCAACGCUCUGCCCCAAAACAUAUGUACUGGGUUUGGAUGGCAGGCCGAAAAUAACUGACGAGAUGCAUUGGUCAGCAUCUAGUAUGUCACCGGGGUGGUUUCCUCCCAUUGACCAAGUUGACGGUGAACUUGGAAUCAUGGAAAUUCGUGAUCUGUUUCACUCCACAUAUGCCAAUAUCAGGAUCACGAAGUUCAAGAAAGAUACAAAUGAGCCUAUUGAUACCAUACAAUGGACUGUCAAUUGCCUUGGCCGUGGUCCAGCCCUCUCAGCUUUGGGAGCCAUUUUGCUUGCCGAAUCGCCAGCAAUGAGACAAGCUGGCAUCUGGCGGAGUAUAUGGUCGCGGACUUCCAAGUAUCCUCAGGAUAUGGUUUUCAGUAUUAUGCAUCUACUUGAUGUUCACCUUGAGGUUGAUUAUAACAGAAAUAUGGGCGAUCUUAUAGUAGAACUUGCACGCAAAACGUCAGCGCUGCCUUCAUGGCUAGAUAUUGGGCAUGACCUCCCGUUUAGUCCCUAA